AUGGGGGGUUUCAAUGUGUUUGUAUGGGGUAUGGUAGGGUUGGUAUGUUUCUUCCCAAUGUUGAAUCACUUCAAUGGAGGAGUCAUGGCCUUUCACAAGAUUUCUCUCCAUUUGCAACAUAGAAGUGCUGCGAAGGUCGAAGACGAUUACCGAACUGGGUAUCAUUUUCAACCUCCGAAACACUGGAUCAACGAUCCCAAUGCACCAAUGUUUUACAAGGGAUUCUACCAUUUGUUCUAUCAAUACAAUCCGAAAGGUUCGGUAUGGGGUAACAUUGUAUGGGCCCACUCGGUAUCGGAAGACUUGAUCAACUGGACACCACUGGAUCCCGCAAUUGAACCAUCAAAGCCGUUUGAUCAGUUCGGGUGUUGGUCUGGGUCCGCCACCAUCCUCCCAGGCGAGAAACCGGUCAUUUUGUACACGGGAAUCAUCGCUAAAGAACCAGAACCAGGUUAUCAAGUCCAAAACUAUGCGAUACCUAAAGACUAUAACGAUCCUUACCUCAAGAAAUGGAUCAAACCCGACGACAAUCCGAUCAUAAAACCGACCAAAGAGAACGUGUCGGCAUUUCGUGACCCCACAACGGCUUGGAAACUCAACGGUCAAUGGGAAAUAACGGUAGGUAGUAAGCAGGAUACGACUGGAAUGUCUUAUUUGUACCGAAGCCCGGAUUUCAUUAAGUGGACCCUAGUUGAUCACCCGUUGCACCAGAAAGAGGAUACAGGGAUGUGGGAAUGCCCCGACUUCUACCCUGUAGCAACUACGGGAAAAGAUGGGUUGGACACUAUGGUAGUAGAAGGCGAUAUAAAACAUGUUUUUAAGGUAAGUCUCGAUAUAACUAGAAAUGAGUAUUAUACGAUCGGAAAAUACGACACAAAAGAAGACAAAUACAUCCCGGAUGAGGGAAUGAUUGACGGUUGGGCGGGUUUAAGAUACGAUUGGGGGAACUUUUAUGCAUCUAAGUCGUUCUAUGACCCUGCAAAGAAACGUAGGAUCCUCUGGGGUUGGUCUAAUGAGUCCAGCACUGAGCAUGAAAGUGUCAAGAAAGGAUGGGCUGGAAUCCAGUGUAUUCCAAGAAGUGUUUGGUUAGACCCAUCUGGAAAGCAAUUGCUACAAUGGCCUGUUGAAGAAUUGGAAACCCUCAGGGAUAAGAAUGUGCAGAUAAGCAAUACGGAGCUCAAGCAGGGAGAUAAAGUUCAAGUUGAAGGAAUCACUCCUGCCCAGGCUGAUGUGGAUGUGGUUUUUACGUUACCGGGUUUGGAUAAAGCCGAAGUGUAUGAUACUAACUGGGACAAAACGUUUCCACCGGAAAGUAUAGCAAGAAACAUAUGUCAAGUCAAGGGUACAACCGAACAGGGCGGGCUAGGACCGUUUGGUCUUCUAACGUUGACCUCAAAACAUUUUGAAGAAUACACUCCGGUAUUCUUUAGGGUUUUCAACACUCCCGACACCAAGCACAAAGUCCUCAUGUGCUCUGAUGAGAUGCCGUCAACAUUGAACAAGCACGAGUACAAGCCAUCGUUUGGAGGGUUUGUGGAUGUAGAUUUAGCCGACAACAAGAUUUCGCUUAGAAGCUUGAUUGAUCAUUCGGUGGUGGAAAGCUUUGCAGCAGGGGGGAAGACGGUCAUUACAUCUAGGGUUUAUCCGACUAAGGCAUUGGAUGAUGAUAACGCACAUUUGUAUGUGUUUAAUAACGGAACCACGACCAUCACGGUUGAGAAACUCGACGCUUGGUCCAUGAAGAAGCCUAAAAUGAACUAA